CUGAACUGCGUGGAAAUUCCCAUUUUUUACCCCAUUUUCCCCCUUUCCCAGGGCUCCCUGCUCGCCUGUGAGUUCCUGCUGCAGAACGGGGCCGACGUCAACCAGCGGGACGCGCGGGGCCGGGCGCCGCUGCACCACGCCACCUACCUGGGGCACACCGGGCAGGUGUGCCUGUUCCUGAAGCGCGGGGCCUCCCAGCACUCGCCCGACGCGGACGGGCAGGACCCGCUGAGCAUCGCGGUGAGCGCGGCCAACGCCGACAUCGUCACCCUGCUGCGCCUGGCGCGGAUGAACGAGGAGAUGCGGGAGGCAGAGGGGCCCCUGGGCCAGCCCGGCCAGUACCCCAGCAACAGCCCCACGGAGCUGCAGUACAGGAAAUGCAUCCAGGAGUUCAUCAGCCUCAACAUCGACGAGUGCUAGGGACAGCCCUGGGUGCCGGGGACAGCUCCGGUGCUGGGGACAGCUCCGGUGCUGGGGACAGCUCCAGUGCUGGGGACAGCCCCGAGUGCUGGGGACAGCUCCAGUGCCGGGGACAGCUCCAGUGCUGGGGACAGCUCCGGUGCUGGGGACAUUCCCGAGUGCUGGGGACAGCCCCGAGUGCCGGGGACAGCUCCAGUGCCGGGGACAGCUCCAGUGCUGGGGACAUUCCCCAGUGCCGGGGACAGCCCCGGGACAGCCCCGAGUGCCAGGGACAGCCCUGGGUGCUGGGGACAGCUCCAGUGCCGGGGGCAUUCCCGAGUGCCGGGGGCAUUCCCGAGUGCCGGGGACAGCCCCGAGUGCCGGGGACAGCUCCAGUGCUGGGGACAGCCCCGAGUGCCGGGGACAUUCCCCAGUGCCGGGGACAUUCCCCAGUGCCGGGGACAGCCCCCUGGGGACAGCCCCGGGCCGGCCCCGGCUCCCCGCGCAGCCCCACCCUCGGUGUUUCCCUGCUGGUUGUGAUGCCCGCACCCCUCAGGGGGGUUUUCCUUGUGGGGUUUGAGUUCUCAUGCUUGACUACUGGAUGGUUGGGUUUGUUUUUUUAUUUUUGGGGUUUUUUGGUUUUGAGUAGGAGCCUCCCCAGGGUGUGAUCGCGGGGGAGUGUGUGGGAGAUGAGCUUAGAGAUUGAAAAAAACAACAAAACAAAGAAAAAAAAAAAAGGAAAAAAAAUUGAAAAAGAGAAGAAAAGGAAAAACCUUCUGUGACCAGGAGAGAGCCGCCAACGCCAGGAGCAGACAAAGCUGUCCCUGAAGAGCUGCCUUGGAAUUCCGGCAGGGAUCGUGGCCUGGAGCUCUGCCCUGGGGGGACCCGAGGUGCCCUCCAGGCUGGUUUGGGGCAGGGAUGCUCCAGAGGCCCAGCAGGACCGGGCUCAGGACCAGGAUUGGGAUCAGGACCAGGACCGGGAUUGGGAUCUCUGGCUCCUCACCUUUGCUGCUCUCAGGACUGCACCAGCCACGCUCCCCUGGCUGCUGCCCUGGCUGCUGGGCUGCUCGAAGCCACAGCAGCCCUGCCUCCAUCCCACUGCAAUUCCCACAAGGAUUCCCAUCCCACUGGAUUCCCAGAAGAGUUCCCAUCCUGCUGGAUUCCCAGAAGAGUUCCCGUCCUGCAGGAAUUCCCAGAAGAGUUCCCAUCCUGCAGGAUUCCCAGAAGCAUUCCCAUCCCACUGGAAUUCUCAGGAUUCCCAUCCUGCAGGAUUCCCAGAAGGAAUCCCACUGGAAUUCCUGGAAGCAGCAGUGCUGAUCCGUCGCUGGCGAUGGGCUCGGGGCAGGGAGGAGAAGCAGCUCCAGCUCCAAUGUCACAGAAUCCCAGAUCCCAUGAACCCAGAUCCCAUUAUCCAUGAUCCCAGAUCCCAUUAUCCAUGAUCCCAGAUCCCAUUAUCCAUUAUCCAUGACCCCACAAUCCCCAGGCUGGAAGUCACCUUCAGGUCCAUGGAGUCCACGCCAGCCAAGCCCAGCACCACGAGCCAAACCCCAGUCCUGGCUGCUCCUGGCACAGUUAGGAUGGGCUUGGGAGCUGAUCCUGCUCCCAAACCCACCCCAAACCCCAGUCCUGGCUGCUCCUGGCACAGUUAGGAUGGGCUUGGGAGCUGAUCCUGCUCCCAAACCCACCCCAAACCCCAGUCCUGGCUGCUCCUGGCACAGUUAGGAUGGGGUUGCAAGUUAAUCCUGCUCCUAAACCCCAGUCCUGCAGCCCUGGCCCAGCUGGGCUGGGUUGGGACCCUGAAGCCCCCCGGUCCCUGUGGGACCCCCAGGCCCCCCCGGGCUCUGCAGGACCCCAAAUCCUGCCCAGCCCCCCUGGGCUCUGCAGGGAAUCCCCUCCCAGUGCUCCCAGUCCGCCCCUGGGGCAGCUCCUGGAGCUUCCCCUGCAGCCUGGACCUGCCACGUGCUGCAGAGCUCCUCACAGCUGAGAAAAAAGGAGAAUUUUCAGCAUUUGAGGAAAAAGGAGAAUGCUCACAGCUGAGAAAAAAGGAGAAUUUUCAGCAUUUGGAAGUGGAGGAAUUUUCACAUUUGAGAGCAAAGGAGAAUUUUCAGCAUUUGAGAAAAAAGGAGAAUUUUCACAUCUGAGAGUGGAAAAUUUUCACCAUUUGAGAAAAAAAGAAGAAUUUCUUCAUUCUUGAGAGUAAAGGAGAAUUUUCACCAUUUGAGAACAAAGGAGAAUUUCUUCACUCUUGAGAGCAAAGGAGAAUUUUCACAUUGGAGAGUGGAAGAUUUUCCCCAUUUGAGAAAAAGGAGAAUUUUUCAUAUUUGAGAGUGGAAGAUUUUCCCCAUUUGAGAAAAAAGGAGA